GUCAGAACGCGAGCGCCAGCUGGUGCCAAGAGCGGUGUCGCCCGUGAGAGCAGUGGGAGAAGAUUUCGGUCGCUCCUCCUUGCAAUGAGCCAACCGUACGAUGCUGAGGGUCAUCCCCAAUCAGUGGAUGGAGCAUCGUCCUCUCUUCGUGGAGACUACAGAGCACGAGUAUCCCACUCCGAAGUCACUCCCAGAUCCACCCAUGACUGAGGGACCCUCGGCUCCAGCUGAGCCAGACCUGCUGUCCUCCAACCUCACCAACUCCACGGACUGCGGGGAGGAGAUUCUGCUUUAUGGAGACACUGAGAAAAUUGUGAUCGGGACGGUGCUCUCCAUCAUCACCUUGAUGACCAUCGCCGGCAACAGCUUGGUCAUCAUCUCUGUGUGCAUUGUCAAGAAGCUGCGGCAGCCCUCCAACUACCUGGUGAUUUCCUUGGCCGCUGCCGACCUCUCCGUGGCCUUUGCGGUCAUGCCUUUCGUGAUCAUUACGGAUCUGGUGGGAGGGGAGUGGCUGUUCGGGAAGGUGUUUUGCAACGUGUUCAUUGCCAUGGAUGUUAUGUGCUGCACCGCUUCCAUCAUGACAUUGUGUGUCAUCAGCGUCGACAGGUGUCGCCCGUGAGAGCAGUGGGAGAAGAUUUCGGUCGCUCCUCCUUGCAAUGAGCCAAC